GUAGCUGGGGGGCAGAAUUGUUUUGUCAAUUCAUGAUUCAAGCUCUCCCACUGCGUCUGCCUCGUCGCUGAUAAGCCCUGCAGCUCGGUGGUGACCAACCAGCUGCACAGCGAGUAGUCGCAAAACAGUAGUAGCCAUGGACGCCGACCAAUCAAAUCGCGAGGCAGAUGCGUCGCAGGCGAAUGCGUCGCAGAACGGCGUGGAAGCAGUAACGGAUCACAGCGUCGGAGGCGGCGACGACGACGCGGCGGAUGUGAUUGUAAUGGUGGACCCUCUCCGCGUGAAGCGAGUGCGGGAGAUGGACGUCACGGGUAGCGAGGACCACGUGCUCGACCCCCCUGAAGGCGAGCGCAUGCUGGCUCUCCUUGCCCAGCUGGACGCGGCGCGGGGGCGCGCUGCGCUGAGGAAGGGCGCACGGGGGCAGAAAAACGCGGCAGGGGGAAAGGGGGGGCGGAAACGGCGGAGCAGGGGGGAGGAGGACGGGGAGGGUGGGGGGGAGGGUGAUGGGGAGGAGAAGGAGCAGGGCAGGGAGGGUAAGCAAGUUGGGAAGGGGGGAGGUGGGGGAGGUGAAGGGGGGGACGCAAGAGGGGGCACAGGGGGAGGAGUGGGAGGGAAGGCAGGAGGAGUGGGGGGAGCGGGGGGGAAGACAGUGGGAGAGGCACAUGGGGAAUGGGCGUGGCAGGGGGUGAUGUCACAGCUGACUUCAGCUCAGGAGGAGCUGAGAGUGAUUGUGGAUCUGGUGAAUGCGGUGGAGAGCGGUGCAGAGGGGCUGGCGGUGAGUGGGGUGUCGAAGCCGAAGCAGCAUGCAGCAGAGAUGAGCUCCGACCUUACUGCCAGGCUGGCAGGCAAACACCAGCUGCUGCAGGAUGUGGGCGGUGGGUUGCUGCACGCAGCAGCGCGUCUCACCCAGCAAGUGAGCGACGACGCACCGUUCUACACCGCACUGCAGUACAUUCAGCACAGGUGGAAGGUCAAGCGCACCCACCCUGCCCUCGCCGCUCCUCCAACCCCCCUCUCCUCCUCCUCUUCCACUGCUGCUGGUUUUGCUGCUGACGUCACUGUGCAGUCGCUCCUCCUCUCCCUCCCUCACUCGCUCCCCCUACCUGCCAGCAUGCCUGUCAUACCCGCUACAAGCCUCCCCUUUACCUCGUUAAGACUCGAUAGGGACAAGCAGGGGAUGCUCCGUGCUGCUUCGCCUGAGGGCCAGCCAAUCAGGAAGCUCCACGUCAGCUUGUUUGGGAGGGAAGCGAAUGAUGAUGAGGUUGGGGAGGACGGUGGUGGUAGUGGUGGGGGAGAGGGGGGGGAGGGGGGAGUUGAGAAGGAAGGGAGAGUGGAGGAGGAGAGUGGGGAUGGAGGGAUGAAGGAAAGAGAGAGUGGUGGAGGGAUGGACGAGGAGAAGGAGAGUGAGGAGGAGGGGGAUGUGGGGAGGGCGGUACGUAAGGCGCAUCAGCUGCUGAGGGCAGUGCAGCGGUCGUGGUUUGACUGGCAGCUAUUCGAGUCUCUCCAGGGUGACCUCACAGCAGCAACUGCCGUCUCUCUCCCCCUCACCUCCAUCUCCUCCUCCUCUCUCUCCCUCUCCCUCGCCUCCUCCCCUGCCUCGCUCUCGCUCCACCUCCUCUCCCCCCCGUCCCCCCCUGCUCUCUGGUCCUCUCUGACCCAGCACACCCUCAAUCGCCGUCACUAUCGGUUGCAGCUUAAAGGGGGGAAGCAGCAGCAGCAGCAGGGGCAGGGUAAGGGGCAGCUGCAGCAGAGGCAUUGGCAUGACAGGGAAGCCUUUGGAAAAUUCAUGGACCGGGCAGAGUCGGCAGCUGGGAGGGUGUACCUGGGGGAGGCUUAUCUGCUGCUCCAGCAGCAGGCACAGGAAAGAGUGAGGAAGCUUCGUUGGCAACUUGCUGGCGGUGGGAGCGGUGUGGGGAUGGGGGUGGGUGUAGUGGAGCUCUUGUGGGGGGCUGCAGCGCACAGAGCAAAGAGGAGAGCGGUUGAACGAUGCCUUCAACGCAUGGUGCGUUUUUGCCCGCACCUGAGGCUCUCAUCCCACACCACUCUGCAGCCCUCCAUAGCUGCAUGGACCAUCUCCUUCCACUCUCCCCCAUCAAGCCCUGUGAAGUAUUGUGACCGCGUGGAGAGGGGAGAGUUAGGGGCAGCAGCAGCUGUCGAAGCAGCUCAAGGCAGGGCGGCAGAAGAACCAGAUGAAGCAACAGCACCAGGUGCCAAGCCACCUGCCGUUUCACCUGACGAUUCCUUGCACGGCAAGGUGGCAAGAGACGUUGGCGAAGGUCCGAAUGUUGGGGACAGUGCGCUUGGGACUGCUGAUGAUACUGCUGCUACUGCUGGUGGCAGUGCGCUCCGGACUGCAGCGGACGCUUCUACUGCAGCUGGCGGUGCGCUCGGGACUGCUGCAGGAGUGGGGCAGCAGUUGCAUGGGGAGAAGGGAAGUGAGGGCACGGAGAGAAGCAAAAGGGUAAGGAAUGAGGAGUGGAGAGGGGGUGAUGCAGGGGAGAGUGUGUGGGAGGUGACAGUGCAACAGACAGAUGUGGAGCUAUCUAUUGUGGUGACUGGCACAGCAAGAGGCGGGAAUAAUACACUCCCUCGCCAGUUUAUGCCCUCUCAUCCCAUGCCCUCUCACCCCAUGGUCUCUAACCUCAAGUGCUCACUCCCUCUCUCUCUCCCCACGGUGCUUCCCUCACUGUCGGACCUCUCCUCUCUCCUCCUCAACCACGUGGCUUCAACAUGCAUCGCCGCCCUCUUAGCUCACGCCCACUCCCUCUCCCUUCCCGCCUCUGCCUCCCCCUUCUCCCUCUCCUUCUCCACCACAUGCCACCGCUCUGAACCACAUCAAAGUACGAGCAGUGUCACUUCCAUUCCCAGUCAAGAUACUGGUACGUGCUGCUUGCUGGCGGUGCCUGACUCUGCAGCCAGCUGCGUGCUCUGGUGGAUGGCACCCAGAGAACAGGCCCUAGCGGCUCUGGAGGUGCGUGCGAGUGCAGCGGAGACGGGAGGGAGUGCGAGCACAGGGACAGAGGGAGCAAGACGGCAGAAGGAUAAGCUGGUGGAGGGGAGUGAGGUGUUACUGGGGGCCUUGGGAGUUGAGCAGCUCAGGGAUAUCAUCACAAGGGUAGCCCUUAGAUAGGAUACAGGUGUAAUAAUUUGUAGAAUGGUGCAGAAGACUUGCAGGAGACCAAGUAUAGAAUCUGCUUGAGUCAAGACUUGGGAGCAGUUGCAGUAGUGCGCUCGAACAGAUACAUCGCGGAAUAGGUACUUCUAGCAGAUAUAAAAGUAGCUUGUACAACUUCAAUUAUCAACUUGAAAUUCAG